CAGAUUAUAAUGCGCGUUGCAUUGUGGGAGAAAAUAUAGGUCAAGUUUACAAAUAAUUGUUCAGGAAGGUGAAAGAAGAAAAAGGACUUAUUCUAACGUUUAAAUACUGAGGAUAUCAUAAGUGAAUUUUACAGUUGUGAUUAUCAGCCAAGGAAGGGAUAGUCAACGCUGUUCUUGUCAUUUUGUCGGACGGUUCCGCGUUUGAAUUUUGUUUUUCAGCUGAAUCAAUGGGGGAUUUUGAGUUCCGUGAUUUUGAUGCAAUGAAAGUCGACAAUUUCUCAUCAACCAAAGAUUUUUUGAAGAGGAUGUCUUUUUAUUCACACCCUAAAAGUUUUUUAAAGAACUUAAGACUUCCGAGCUCGUAUGUGGCCUUGUUAUAAUUUUUUUUAAUAAUACGUGUUUUAUUUGAAUAUUGUCAUAAUCAACAUGAAGCUUUUGGAAAACUCGAGAUUUGAACAGAUCAACAGUGCUCUCAACAUGCAGCUGGAAACUUCAAGAAUUGAAGGAAGAAUUGAGAGUUACUCUUGUAAGAUGGCUGGGAAUGAUAAGAAGCUGUUUAAGCUGAUCAGUCAGGAAGGAGGGGUGGGGCCACUGGAUCUUCAGGCUCUGUCCCCUCCUCAGACCGUGCUGUCCCACAGUCCUACCAAAUCGUACAGUAAGAGUUUUGGCUCAGUGGAGAGUGAGGGCUACCUAUGUGAUACCAUUCCCACAAAAACGCUCUUCUAUCUGAUAUCAACGCUGAAUGCUUCCUUUAAUCCAGAUUACGAUUUCAGCAAUGCUAAGAGUGAGGAAUUCAGCAAGGAGCCCAGCAUUGAUUGGGUGGUUAACACAGUGGAUACGCAGUUGAAUGCUACGGCAGGGGAACUAUUUUCUGCAUUAAAACAGACUUUAUGGGCAGCAGUUGAUGAGGAAAUCAAUCUCCAGGAUUGUGAAAUCUACAGCUACAAUCCUGAUCUGAUCUCGGAUCCAUUCGGGGAAGAGGGCAGCAUUUGGUCAUUUAACUACUUUUUGUACAACAAGAAGCUGAAAAGAAUAGUCUUCUUCACCUGCAGGGCUUACAGUGUGUCUGCUCCGUAUAAUAGUGACUCGGGAAUUGGCCAGGACAGCGAGAUGUUUGAUUAUUCUGACAACAUGGAGUUUUCCCAGGAGUGAGUAACCACGCAGUGUGGUGGUUUGUUUAUGGAUCUCUCGAUGGAAUGAUGAUAGUGUGAUUUACCCAUACCAUUUCUGAAAACUGGGAGAGUUACACGCCCUUCAUUCACACUCCUGUCACAGCAAGGCGCCCCAGCUUCAUGAUUUUGAUUUAUUUGACUUGCCACAUAGAAUAGUUAAUUUUUUGUCUCCUCUAGAUACCAGCAUUUUUAUUUCCUAUGGGAGAACAAAUUUGAAUAUUCUCGCAUGCUGUGAUCUUCUACUCAACUGUAAAUAUUACUUCUGUUUUGGGGGAAAAAAAUUGUGUAUUUAAAAUGAGAACUUGUUUGUUGUUAUGUGCAAACUUUUUGUAGAGAUAUAGCUUUUAUACUCAAUUCUAUUUUUUCUAUUCUUAGCCUCGUUUGCUUUGUUAGUAUUAGUUGAAGAAAAUUUUUAUCAUUUGUUAUUGUUGACUGGUUCUAUUUUGUUUAAACUACAAGUUCAGAGCAGAAAUCCACCUGUAGCAGUUAAUUUUGUCUAUAGAAAACACCUGCCUUUGUGGGGUGGGGGUGGGGGGGGGGGGGGGGAGAUUCACUGCUUCUAACAAAAUGGCCACCAAAACACUACAAACAAUUCAGAAUAUGGAAAUAAAUUGACUUAAUUAGACAGUGCAUGUCUUAGUGAUAUCAAGAGAAAGGGACAGAGAAAAAUGCAUGUGUAAAUACAGAAACUUUGAAUGCUGCGAAUUAUAGGCACAUGUAUCAACAUUCCCCACAACAUCAAAUAGUGCACGGCGUUACUUACCUGGAAGAAUCCUCGUCUCGAAAGCUCUCAGCACGAUCAUAAAUCGACAGAGGAAAAUUGGCAAUGGAGAUGCAUAAUGUGAAACAUGUGUUAACCGAAAUCAGGUGUUUGACACCUAAAAAGGACGGCAAUAUAGACAUGUAAUGUAAAGUGAUAAAUAAGGGAGGUAAAUGUAUUGUGAUAGGGACACAAUGGAAAUCCCCUCCCAUGGAAGUGUUGGGGGAAACAAUGGAUUGUGGGUGGAGACAAUGGAAAUUUAACACCACCCCCCCCCCCCCCUGGAAAUGUCUGUGCAUUAUGAAACACUGUAAAGUGGGGAUGAGUUUGUCUCCAAGACUUGUCUAAAGAGAAGCAGGGAUUUCACAAGAAAACGAAAAAAAAAACCAAAAAAAAAAACCAUCAAUCUGAUGGAAAAUGGCCUCAUCAGUGUUUUAGAUACUUUUCAGUGGUUUUCUGUAAGAAUAUAACUCCAUUAAUCACUGUUGAAACUUGUUCUGAGAAAUUAUAUUUCUGUCUUUGUACAGUUCACUCAUGUGUUAUAACCAUCAAUCAGUAAAUUGUUUUUAUUUUAAGAACA